AUGUCCCCGCCGGCGAUCAUUGCCCCGUCCAUCUUGAGCGCGGAUUUCGCGACCCUGGGAAGCGAAUGCUCAACGAAGAUGGCCCAGGGCUCAGACUGGCUCCAUGUCGACAUCAUGGACGGCCACUUCGUCCCUAACAUCACCUUUGGAGCUCCCGUUGUCACCAAGAUCCGGUCUCAUCCACAUAAAUGGGUCAAGGAGUUCAAGAACGCCGGAUGCGACCUCUACUGUUUCCACUACGAAGCCGCCGUAGCUUCCGUCGCAGCGACCGAGCCUGCCGACUCAACAACCACUCGCAAGACGAGCCCGAAGGAAUUGAUCCGUUACAUCCACGAGGAGGGCAUGCAAGCCGGUAUUGCUAUCAAGCCAGACACACCGGUGGAUGUACUGUGGGAAAUUCUCGAGAACGAAAAUGAGAAAGAACGCCCAGAUAUGGUCCUCGUCAUGACCGUGUACCCCGGCUUUGGCGGCCAGAAAUUCAUGGCCUCUGAGCUGCCCAAGGUGCAGGCUCUCCGUGAGCGAUAUCCUAAUUUGAACAUCGAGGUUGAUGGCGGACUGGGGCUCGGGACGGUGGACCAGGCCGCUGAAGCAGGAGCCAAUGUGAUUGUCGCUGGUUCGGCGGUGUUUGGUGCCCAGGAUCCUGCCGACGUCAUCGCAAAGCUUCGCGAAGCUGUUAACAAACACCACAAGCUUUGA